UCAUACGCGGGUCAUAAACGAUCCGCGGCCAUAGUAGAGGUGCACGCGCGAGAAUCGAUCCGAAUCGCCGGCGAUAAACGCAUCUCCCGCGAGGCGAUCGUCGCGCGCCGCGUCGCCGCCGAGCGAUGAGUUCCAAGUUCAUCAUCGAUAGCAUGCUCCCCAAGUACCACCAGCAGUUCCAUCAUCAGAACUUGUUCGCGGGUGCUGGAGCAUCACCUAUUGAGGCAUCAUUGUCCUCAUCGCUGUCAUCAUCGUUGUCGACGUCGCUCUCCUCAUCGUUGUCUGGCGGACUAGGGGCGGCUGCGCUGGGGGCCGGCUCGCCAGGGGCCGGGAGCCCGCAGCGCUCCUCUUCGUCAUCGUCGGCGUCACCAGGCGCGCCGGCGAGGAUGUACCCGUACGUUUCUCACCACCAGCAGUUCGGAGGCUCAGUGCCGUUUCCAACUGGCGGUGGUCUAUCGGCUGACGACAAAAGUUGCCGUUACCCGACAGCUGUGGGAGGUGAUCCGAUGGUGAAUUAUGCACUGGGUCAACACAACGGCGGUGCGGCAGUAUCGGCUGCGUCGGCUAGUAUGGCAGCAGCGGCGCAGUUUUACCAUCAAGCAGCAGCAUCAGCAGCCUCAGCCGCUUCAGCAGCCUCAGUGGAUGCAAUGGGCGCAGCGUGCUCCCAACCCUCCGCCCAGCCUCUGCCAGACAUACCUCGUUAUCCAUGGAUGUCAAUCACCGAUUUUCCGUUUCCAGAUUGGAUGAGCCCCUUCGACCGCGUGGUCUGCGGUGAGUUCAAUGGACCAAAUGGCUGCCCACGACGGCGAGGACGACAGACAUACACAAGAUUCCAAACACUAGAACUAGAAAAGGAAUUCCAUUUCAAUCACUAUCUGACGCGCAGGCGUAGGAUAGAGAUCGCACACGCACUUUGUCUUACAGAGAGACAGAUAAAGAUAUGGUUCCAAAAUCGACGCAUGAAGUUAAAGAAGGAACUGCGUGCCGUUAAAGAAAUCAAUGAACAAGCGCGCCGAGAGAGAGAGGAACAGGAUAGAAUGAAACAACAGCAGCAAGAGAAGCAAGCCAAGCUGGAGAGCCAACACCAUGGCCAUCACGUGACCCACCACCACGACCCAAUGAAAAUGCCCAUCGACAAAGGUUCCAGCGACAUCCUCAAAGUGAAUAAAGUGCCGACGUAAGGCGCCUGCCUACCGCUUAGUAAAUCCUGACUGAUACUGUAUCAUAUAGUGUGAAUACAUGAAUGGAAGUGUUACGUCCAUAUGGACCUGCGGGCAGCGUUAGUCCUCUCGUAUCCACUAGUUUUAUGUUUUGCGGCUGAUUUAGUAGGAGUGUCGCCUCGUUGUGGAGGUGUUCGUGACUUUUAUUGUAUUAAUGUUCCUUUAGUGCGAAGGACUUGCCUCGGUGUCGUUCGCUGGUGGACAGGCUGGUGAUGUGCUUUAAGCAUUUAUUUUGUUGCCAUAACCACACCAUGUAUUGCAAUAAUAUUUUACUAAAUUUUACAAAAGCGUUAGUAUCGCUCUAAGAUUUACAACUCCGAGUGAACUUCGGUAUUGUUAGUUAAGAUUUAAAAUCUGUGAAUCUCAUAGUAUUUAUUGCUACCAUUUACUUUAAUCCAUUAUGUUAUAUUUUUUUUAUUAAUAGAUAUUAUAUUAUGUACAUUUUGAUGUAUAUUUUAUUAUUUGUCCACUUUUAGUGGACUGGUUAUGUUUUGAUAGUCACAUUUUUUUUAUGAUCGUAAAAUUUGUUGUAUUUUAUCAGUUGAUUUCGAAAGAGUUGCUUUUAUUAUUUGUCCAUAUUGUGAUUCAGUUGAUAGUUAGGUUCGGAAAUUGUUGUUUGAUUUGAACGUAUACAUUUGCAAUUAUAUAAAUAUAACAUUUACUAUUUCCAUAUGAGCGUUAGACGUAUGAUUGUAACAAAAUACGUAUUGAAGUACAAUUGAGAGUAGGUUUCAUCAUGACGUAUGUUGUGUUUUGUAUUCAAUGUUUUCAUGAGAAUAUAUAAUUCGGUAUUUUUGAUGAUAGUUCUACUUAAAUCUUGUCCAGAUGUUUAAAAUUCUUAUAAUGUAAAAAAAUAAAAUAAACUGCAUUGUGUCCAUGCAUCCCAAAACGUCAGAUGUUCAAAAUUAUAUACGUAACAUUGAUACAUAUAUUAAACAAUAAUGUGACUAAAAUAAAUUUUACAUGUAAUUUUAAAGUUGACUAGCUUAAGUGUACUAUACAUAGAUAAUAUACGUUCGACUUUAAGUAUUGCUAAGACGAAUAGAAUGCCUACCGCGAGGUAGAACUUGAAAUAACUACUUUGAUUUGCCUAAUGAUGUUUCUGAAGCAGCUUUACCCUUAACCGACGAUCAAAUGCUCAUAAUUUCAACCAUAAAAUGUAUUUAUAAUCAUUUAAAACUUAUUCAAUUCAAAGUAUUUAAAUUUGAUCGGUUUCGUGUACAACAUUACUUUGCUCUCAAGUCCACGUUGUGCCAAAAUAUUAUAAAAAUUAGCUUCGUAUCAUGAAAAAAUUACGAAACAAAUGCACUAACAAAAUCGUUUCGCUUUGAACAAAUAAUCAUGUGUUUCUUUAUAUAUAAAUCAGAACAAAUAUUAAAUAAGGGCUAAAAAAAAAUUAGUAUUCAUAGUCACCAUUAUACGUAAAUUAAUGUCAGGGUAGAAUUAAAGAAAAUUUAAAAUAAAUAUGUGUACUAAAUUGAAAUUAUCGCUUAAUUUUUAUAAUCAUCACUCAAUAUACAUCUGUCCACUGUAAUGUUCGUAUUAUAUCAAUCAGUAGGUGUAAUUUAUAUCUGGAUAUCAUUAGCACAAGUCCUCUUUAGACUUAAGAUAUUCACGAGGACAUUUUUUCUCAGAUUACGAGCGAAUCUUAGGAAUCGUAAUUAUACUUUCUACGAAUAAUGAAUAAUCAUAUUUUUCCAAAACAAACAAAAGCAAUAUUUAGUUGUUAAAACGAUUUCCAUAGUUCGUUUCGAUCUUCAUUACGUUACGGAAAAUAAUCGUCAAUUCGAUACUGUUACUUAAUUUAAAUUAAUAAAUAUUGAAAGAAAGUAAAUAUUACUCAAGUAACGAAACUUAGGGACUUAAAAUCCGUUACGUAAAAACGCUGAAAUAUUAAUGGAGUUUAGUUCAUUUUACUCGUUUUACAUUGAGAUGUCGGCGAUAGCCAGAUAUUUGCAAUAAGAAAUGAAAACAUUUCAUGAGCUAUAGACGUCGCGUAAGAUUACUAUAAGGUUGUCAUUAGUAAGUAAAAUAGAACCUUUAUCCCAUCUUACUUUUAAAUAUGAAUCGAGAAUGAUAAUCGAACAAAAUGUACUUAAGUAAAUUUCGUAUAUGUAGGCUUUAUAAGUUAUAAUGCAUAGUUAAUAAAUAACUUAGACACUGGUAAUAAUAUAUAAGCGUAAUAAACCAGGCGAAGUAUUUGAUUAAAAGCGCUUAAAUACCUAUUUAGUAUCGUUCGUAAUGAUUAUGAUUGGAGGAAACGAUAGUACUAUUCGGAGUAGACGGGCGUACACACUCGCACACGCGUCGAGGACGGUAACUUUAGCGCAAUGUGUGUAUACGAACUUAAAUUGUUGUUUCUGGAUUUGAUAAAUAAUAUUCGAUCCCGUUGUGAAAAUUCGCUUUAACAAUAACUGUUUCGUUACUCGUAUGGGUCUGUGCAAAUUAAUAACUCCCUUUAAUCUAUACGAUAUCGCCUUUAUGAUUAUUAUUUACUGUUACGCGAUUCCUAAUUAAGUUUCGUUUCUAACAAUAGGUAAAACUUUUAACGUAUUAGUAAUAAUGUUUGUGUGUAUGUUCGUCGGAUGAUUUAUGUCAGGUUCUCUUUAUUGUUUUUGCCUCGUAAAGAACUGUAGAUAAUUCACGAGGAACAAUGAGCAAUUUGCUAAAUAGAUUAUAUACGACCUCCAUCCGUAAUAUUGUCUUGCCAUACUGCUAGUGUUUCGUAGACUAUAGGUAUUAAUAUAAUACCUGGCCGAAUAUAGAUUUCAAUAUAAUAAUAUACCCUACCGUAUUAAUCUUAAUUAUAAUUUCUAUUUCUCCAUUUACAUAAAAUCAGGCGAGGUUUUCCAGUUCUGUAGAUUACUUUAUUUUAUAAUAGUUUUUAAAACAUCGUUAAGUUGAAGUACCCAUUACGCCAUUUAUUUUUUAAAUAUAUAUUUUAACAAGACUUAUGUUCUGUUAGGUUAUAUCGAAUGAUUGUUAAUUUUUAUCUUAAUAUAAUUGUAGUUAUGUAUGUAUGUACCUAUAUCUAUAUUUUCGAAAAUAGUAACUAAAUCGUCGUAAAAUUAAGUUAUUGUAAAUAGUCGUGAAAGUUUUAUGUGGCGCAUUAUAUGAAUAUAUAUCUUUUUGUUUUAUGUUACGUAUUUAUGUAAUGGACGUACGUGUUAAACGGAUUUCACUUGACUAAGAUGAAAAAGUUUACUGAAACUCUUUUAAAUUAGUGAACAGCCGCCUUCUAAAUUGUUUAAAUCUUUUGCUGAAUAAUUGUAUUUUAUAAUAUUUGAUGAUAUUUUUUAUCAUUAUGAUUAAAGUGUAACUUUUUUUGAAGUCUUUAUUUAAUACUAAACAUAUUUGAAAUAUUUUUAUUUAUAAGCAAAAAUGUAUUAUG